AAUUCCAUAUGUGGAUCCAAAAAAACUUUUAGAUUUAAAGUUUAAGUAUGAAAAAGCUUCAGAUAUUUACAGUUAUGGUGUAUUGAUGUGGGAAAUCUCUAGCGGAGUUCCUCCAUUUAAGGAAUUGAUUAGUAAAGGUGAUCUUGUGGUGCUUCGUCUUUUUAUCAUUGAUGGACAUCGUGAAAAUGUUAUAGAAGGGACCCCUGAAGAUUAUAAGGAACUUUAUGAAAAAUGUUGGAAUUCUAUGCCUGAAAAUCGGCCUAAUAUAAAAAAAGUUUUAGAAAAGUUUAAAAAAAUGGGAUAUGGAAUAUAUGAAGAACAUAAUUCAACUUUUGAUGAAGUUUUAUUUCUAAUUCUUGCAAAUUUUUGCGAGUUUAUACAAUCUCUUCCGGUUCAAGUAUUACAUCUUUAUAAAAAUAUUAAUG